AUGACGACCGAUAGUUACCCCAAGAAGUAUGACAUUGUCAUCGUGGGCGCUGGCCCCGUUGGCAUCCUCCUCUCACUUUGCAUGUCCCGUUGGGGUUACAAGGUGAAGCAUAUCGACAACCGCCCCGUGCCGACCGCGACUGGCCGCGCCGAUGGCAUCCAGCCCCGUUCAACCGAGAUCCUGCGCAACCUGGGCCUCAAGCGCAAGAUCAUGGCCUACGACCCGGCCAAGGUGUACGACGUCUCUUUCUGGGACCCGCGCCCUGACGGAUCGGGUAUCAUGCGGACCGGAAACUGGCCCAGCUGCCCUCGUUUCAUCGACACGCGAUAUCCGUUCACUACCCUUGUACACCAGGGUAAGAUUGAGACCGUUUUCUUGGACGAGAUCAAGAAGGCCGGAACGACCGUCGAGAGACCGUGGACCAUUAUUGGUUUCAAGAACGAUGGUUUGGAUGCCACCUACCCGGUCCAGGUCCAGCUCAAGUGCUUGGAUACAAACGUCGUUGAAACCGUCCGCGCCAAGUACCUGUUCAGUGGUGAGGGUGCGCGCAGUUUCGUGCGCGAGCAGCUAGGUAUCCAGAUCCGCCACAAGGAUCCCAUCUCGUACGUCUGGGGUGUUAUGGACGGUGUUGUCAGAACCGAUUUCCCCGAUAUCCAGACCAAGUGUACCAUCCACUCAGAUGCUGGCUCCAUCAUGGUCAUCCCCCGUGAAGAUGAUAUGGUUCGUCUCUACGUGCAGAUUGCUUCCUCAUCCGACCCCGACUUCAACCCCCGAAAGACCGCUACUGCGGAGGAGGUUCAGAACGUCGCGAAGAAGAUUCUCAAGCCAUACUACAUAGAGUGGGAUCGUGUGGAGUGGUACUCAGUGUACCCCAUUGGACAGGGUAUUUCUGAGAAGUAUACGUUGGAUGAGCGUGUUUUCAUGGGAGGCGAUGCCUGCCACACACACAGCCCCAAAGCUGGUCAGGGUAUGAACACCGCGUUCCACGAUGCUCUCAACAUGGCUUGGAAGCUCCAUGCCGUUGAGUCCGGUCUGGCUCAGCGCUCCAUCCUGAGCACAUAUGAGACUGAGCGAAAGAACAUUGCUGAGACACUCCUUGACUUUGACAACAAAUACGCUGCUCUAUUUUCCAAGCGCCGCCCCAAUGCGGGUGAGGUCGGCGAGGCCGCUACCGCAGAGACCGGCCGGAGUGCGGAAGAGGAUCCUUUCGUCAAGACAUUCAAGGACUCCUGCGAGUUCACAAGUGGAUACGGUGUUGCCUAUCUGCCCAACAUCUUCAACUGGGAUCCUUCUCACCCUGCGAAGUCUCCAUUGUUUGACGUCCCUGGCAUCAACUUGGUUACUGGCAAGGCUUUCACGCCGUCCACGGUCACUCGCCUGGCGGAUUCCAACUUUGUCCACCUUGAACAGGAGAUUCCCGCGAAUGGCGCGUUCCGCAUCUUCAUCUUCGCCGGUAGACAGUCCAGGAGCAAGAAGGCUAUUGCCGACUUCGCUGCCAACCUUGAAAAGGAACGAUCCUUCCUCUCUGCAUACCGCCGAUCCGACAUUGGCGAGAUCUCCUUCUUUGAGCGACAUAACCCUCACUCUAAGCUUUUCACUCUCUGCCUGAUCUAUGCUGAGAAGAAGAACGACAUCGAUAUGGACUCAAUUCCCCAGAUCCUCCGUGACUACCGCUACCACAUCUACUCAGAUGAUAUCCCCGACGUGCGCGUCCCGAACGCCACUUAUGCUGCCCACGAGAAGCUCGGAUUCGACCCAGAGAAGGGUGGUGUUGUUGUUACUCGUCCUGACAGCCACAUUGCUUGCACUGUGCAGCUGGCCGAGGGUAGCGGCACAGUGGAUGCUCUCAACGCCUACUUCGGUUCCUUCUCCACGAAGCCCUUGGGCCAGGAGCAAGCUAGCCGUCUGUAG